AUGCUGAAUUAUUUCUUAAGUUUGUCAACGUUUCACAAAAAAUUUUAAAUAUUUGGAUUUGAAAACAAAGACGAUUUAAAGGCCAGUGCUCCGAACACUUUUACUGAGAAACCUUUCUCACGAUUAUCAGCGUCCAGAUCUGUUAUCAAACCACAUUUAUUCGGUGCUUUCUUUCAUCAUUCCGUGCCAAUGGUCACGAAAAUUGCAUUCACGAAUCUCUUCAUUAAACGGAUGGAGAAUUAAAAUAUAAUCUGUCUAAGCAAAAGGACGAUACACCUAAAUCAAAACACCCUGUAUUCUGCCAUUAAAAAUGGAAUUCUUUCCAUCAAUUCUGCUUUUGAAUGUGCUUGGAUAUAUGUCUUGUUUUCUCCAAUCAAAGAGGAUCCAACUAGAUGGAAAUGGUUACACUGGUGUGACUGUAGCAAUAUCUAGUAAACUGGACCCUACUGAAAUUCAUAUACAGAGACUAAAGAACUUACUCACGGCUGCCUCUGCCCAGUUGUACAAGACAACAAAAUACCACCUAUAUUUUAAAGAUGUCACCAUAGUUAUACCGAAGUCAUGGCCGAAUAAUUUCAGCAAAGAAUUUGUAAGUGGACCACAACUUGAUACGGCCCACAUUAUUGUGGACAAACCCAAUCCACUGGUGGACAACAAGCCAUACGUUUCUGGAAUGACCGGGUGUGGGCAUCCUGGAAAAUACAUAUAUUUAGAACCUAUCACAGUACAAGUUCAUCCGGCAGAGGGACUUGCAGAUAAGAUACUGGUUCAUCACUGGGGCCAUUUCAGGUGGGGGUUAUUUGACGAACAUGGCGAUAAGGAAGCACCCAUCAUGGGAACAAAUACAAACCCUUGGUUUUACUCUACUGAGGGGACAUUCAAACCCAAUAUAUGUGCUAAAAAUAUCAAGGGUCAAAACCACCUAAAAUACUGCCAGAGCUUCAGACAGUGUCUUCUGGACGAUAAUGGUUUGCCAGAAAAGGAUUGUAAAUUCUGUGUCGACGAACGGGAUAAUACUGCAAAAGGCUCUAUCAUGGGGAAACCGGAGAUAUCUAGUGUGGUUGAAUUUUGUGACGAUGAAAAUAGUGAUGUUCCACACAACAGAGAGGCGGACACUCCUCAUAACAGAUUCUGUCAAGGAAGAAGUGCCUGGGAAAUAAUGAGACUUCAUUCUGACUUCAAAGAUACAAAACCAGGGCCUCCAUCACAGAACACAGUGCCAACAUUCAGAGUUGUUCAACAGCGGACGGGUCAGAAAGUUGUUUUAGUAUUGGACAAGUCCGGAAGUAUGAACAGUUACGAUCAGAGAAUAAACAAAUUGAAGGAUAUAUCAUCCAAUUAUAUCAGAAACUGGUCACCAAAUGCUACAUCCAUUGCCGUGGUAACAUUUAACGAAACUGCCAGUGUGGUGGCUCCAUUAACUACUGUGACGUCAGAACAAGAGAGACAAAGCUUAGUGACGUUGGUGAAGAACAUCAAAGCUCUUGGUGCAACUUCUAUUGGAGCUGGUCUACAAAAAGCAUUAAAGUUAUUAAAAGAAGAUAGUGACAACAUUACGGGAAGCGAAAUAAUUUUGGUAUCUGAUGGCGCCAAUACAGUUCUUCCUGGACCGGAUGAAGUUAGAGGGGAAAUUCUAGUCGAAGGUGUAAUCAUCAGAUCUGUGGCUAUUGGGAGGGAGGCGGAUGCAAAAAUUGAUAAACUAGCAAAGGACAGUGGCGGAUUUAGCUUCUUUUACUCCGGAAAUGAGCGGUCUACAGCUCUUGCAGAUAUUUUUCUUGGCAUCGCUGCUUCUUCUUCUGAUGAAGAAGGGAAGAUGUAUCAACUAGAGAGCAAAUCAGUGAAUGUGACCAAAGAGCAGAAUUUCACCACAUCGAUAACAAUUGACUCUACCAUUGGACGGGACACCACUAUCCUGCUAAUGGGGCCAGGGAUUGAUUUCACUGUUGCAACAUUAUCAGGUCCUGGGAAUAGUUUCCUUACUUCUGGUGCCUGUACAGAUUCGUGUAGCUUAAAGAUUGAAGGAAUAGCAGAGAUAGGUGAUUACGUAAUUGAAAUUUCGUCAUCAUUUGACGUCAUUCUGACACUGACGGCACAUUCCUAUCCUAGGAAUCCUUCUGAAGAUGUUUUCACUGCCACUGCUUGGACAUCGACAGACUCAUUCGACUUUUCACCAUCUUCCCCGAUUGUACUUUAUGCUUUAGUUCAGAAAGGAACAUACCCUGUCUUCGAUGCUGAUGUCAAAAUAUUUGCAGAGGAUGAAAAUGGUCACGUGAUCAAUGUAGACCUAGCUGAUGAUGGUCUAGGUAUGGAUUUAAUUAAGGGGGAUGGUCAAUAUACAGGAUUGAUAUUGCCUUCUCGAAUCAAAUCGAGUGGACGACACAGUCUCAAACUUGUAGUGACUGGCAAAGAUGGUGAAACAAAAAUUCUGCUACCUGAACUGAAAAGGCGAAAAAGGCAAAUACAGGAUGAAAUUGCAACCUCUAAUCUCAAAACAGAGAACGUGGGUGGAUUUAAGAGGGUUGCAGCUGGAGGGACAUUUACUGUUCAGAAUUACAAACCUGUAACAGAGGAUAGGAUGCCACCAGCCAGGAUUACGACCCUCAGACUUAUAAGCGCCGAGAGUAAUUCUUUCAAUGUAAGCUGGAAUGCCGUGGGUGAUGAUUUCACCAUUGGAAAUGCAUCAUCCUACAAGAUUUUAUUGUCAAAAAACUAUUCAGCAAUUCUGAGCUCGACUGAUACAGUGACCCAGAUAACCGAAAAGAUUCCAACACCUUCAAAGCCUGGCAGCUUAGAAGUAUUUUCCUUUAACUUACCGGAAGUUGGUGUGAAUUACUAUUUAGCCGUUCUUGCCGUUGACGAUGAAGGGAACCAAGGCGAAGUUUCAAAUAUUGUUUCUGUGUCUGUUGUAAAUGACGACAGUUGGAAGCGUGUUGAAUACAUGGAAGUGACGUCAUCACAAUCGAUUUCCAUGGAGGGUCUAAUUCUUUCAGCAAGUGCAGCUGCAGUAUUUGUUUUCAUUCUAGUUUCUUGCGGAUGUUGUUUAUGUAAAAAACGAAUUGAGUCUGGAGGUAAAGCAAAUAGCUUUGAUUACCAUAAAGAGGAACUGUCAAUCAAGGUGUGGCAUGAACGUUAUUUUGGACGCGAUUUUCUAGUGCGCAUGUACUAUUCACCCCAUUUACAUUUUGUGCGAGGUUACCAGGCCCGAGAUCCUCGAAUCAAUGGAUAUAGAGAUAAUUCUUACCUGUAUUACAUUUCAUAAUGUGAAGUGCAUGCAGGUACACGUGCAGAACUUGACAAUGUAUAUGUAAAACAUUUGUUAAGAUUUAUGCUUGGAAAUUCCACUCAUGAUAUGAAAUUUUCCAUCCAUCUUUUUAACACAAUCCAUUUUCAACAGUGACAAAGCCUUUUUUCUGCAUAUGUAAAGCAUGGAUUGGAUUUUUCAUCGAAUUACUAUACCAUAAACCCUAAAAUGUUUCAUCUUGUCUGCACAGUAAAGAUAUUGAAAAACAUUUUUAGAAAGCCCACACACUUUAGAGAU